UGUCCGUAGUGUGCAGCAGCGCCCCCUCCAGCAUGAAGCGGCCGGGGAGGGACACACCUCCCGAGUCUGGAUCCGCCCAGGAAGCAGUGACAGGCGGCUCUCAGCAGUAGCAGCAGCUUUCCAUCCCAGCAGUGCUGUGUAUGUGCCUCCUGAUUGCCGUCCUCCCGGCAGCGCCUCAGCAUGUCCCGCAUCCAUCCUCCCCCCCGUCCCCGCUGAUAGAGCCGCCCUCCUGCCGCUCACCUCUUCGGCUCAGGGAAGCACAGACUCCCGCUGGAAGCACAUAGCUGCGCUGCUGAGACAGGGCGAGAUCGGCGGCAUAGCAGAGACGAGGAAAUAUGGCGAGCGACUCCCCAGCCCGCAGCCUGGAUGAGAUAGACCUGUCAGCGCUGAGGGAUCCUGCAGGCAUUUUUGAACUAGUAGAACUAGUUGGAAAUGGAACGUAUGGACAAGUGUACAAGGGUCGUCAUGUUAAAACUGGACAGCUUGCGGCCAUCAAGGUCAUGGACGUCACAGGGGAUGAAGAAGAAGAGAUCAAACAGGAAAUUAACAUGCUUAAAAAAUAUUCACAUCACAGAAAUAUUGCCACAUAUUAUGGAGCAUUCAUAAAAAAGAACCCCCCUGGAAUGGAUGACCAGCUAUGGCUGGUGAUGGAGUUUUGUGGUGCUGGAUCAGUUACUGACUUAAUCAAGAACACCAAAGGCAAUACAUUGAAAGAAGAGUGGAUCGCGUACAUCUGCAGAGAGAUCUUGCGGGGUCUGAGUCAUCUGCACCAGCACAAGGUGAUUCAUCGAGAUAUUAAGGGGCAAAAUGUCUUGCUGACAGAAAAUGCUGAAGUAAAACUAGUGGAUUUUGGUGUGAGCGCACAGUUAGACAGGACAGUAGGAAGAAGAAACACUUUCAUUGGUACUCCAUAUUGGAUGGCUCCUGAAGUCAUUGCCUGCGAUGAAAACCCUGAUGCAACAUAUGACUUUAAGAGUGAUUUGUGGUCCCUAGGAAUAACAGCCAUAGAGAUGGCAGAAGGAGCUCCUCCACUCUGUGAUAUGCAUCCCAUGAGAGCCCUUUUUCUAAUCCCUCGGAAUCCAGCUCCUAGAUUGAAAUCAAAGAAAUGGUCUAAAAAAUUUCAGUCCUUUAUUGAAAGCUGUCUUGUAAAAAACCAUAGCCAAAGACCCACAACAGAGCAGCUUAUGAAACAUCCAUUUAUAAGAGACCAACCAAAUGAGAGACAAGUUCGAAUUCAGCUCAAGGACCAUAUUGAUCGAACAAAGAAAAAAAGAGGAGAGAAAGAUGAAACGGAAUACGAAUAUAGUGGAAGUGAAGAGGAGGAGGAAGAUAAUGAUUCAGGGGAACCAAGCUCCAUCUUAAAUCUACCCGGGGAGUCCACCCUCAGACGGGACUUUUUGAGGCUGCAGUUGGCUAACAAGGAACGUUCAGAGGCCCUUAGACGUCAGCAACUAGAACAGCAGCAGCGUGAAAAUGAAGAACACAAAAGACAACUUCUGGCUGAGAGGCAAAAACGUAUUGAAGAGCAGAAAGAACAAAGACGACGCUUAGAAGAGCAACAGAGGAGAGAAAAGGAGAUGAGGAAGCAACAGGAAAGAGACCAGCGUCGGCGAUACGAGGAGCAAAUGCGCAGAGAGGAGGAGCGAAGAAGAGCAGAACAUGAGAAGGAGUACAUCAGGAGACAGCUAGAGGAAGAGCAGAGGCAGUUAGAGAUAUUGCAGCAGCAAUUACUGCAGGAACAAGCCCUGCUUCUGGAAUAUAAGCGCAAACAGCUAGAAGAACAAAGGCAAGCAGAAAGACUACAAAGACAAUUGCAACAGGAGCGAGACUAUUUAGUCUCUCUGCAGCAACAGCAGCAGCAGCAACAGCAGCAGCAGCGGCAACAGGAGCAAAGACCACCUGACAAGAAGCCCCUUUAUCAUUACAAGGAGGGUCUGAACCCCGCCGAGAAACCUGCAUGGGCAAAAGAGGUUCAACAGCGAUCUCUUAGUAAUUCGCCUGUUCUUCCAGCUAAGCAGCAGCACACUUCUGUUAUCGAGCAGCAGGUGCCCCUGGUAACCAAAGAUGCAUCUACUAGUUGGCAACCCUCAACUAGGCCAAAUUCUCAGAACCUGCAAGCAUCAGGUCGUGUGAAAAUGGACAACUUAGCUCCACCUUUGAUAUUGCCUUCAAUUCAGAUUUCCAAAUCAGGGCCCUGGUCACAAGCAACACAGAGUGAAGUGCAAUCUCUAGAUGAUGAAGUGAGAUUCUUACUCCAAGUGAACUCACAAGAAAAUGAACCAGGGAGAAAAUCAGUAACUUCCCUUAAAGGGUCCCGAUCACAAGGAUGUAGUCCAGCCAGGGAUACAGGAUUUACCAAGGUAGAGGAGCGAUCACGUCUCAAUCGUCAGAGCUCCCCUGCAAUGCCGCAUAAAGUAGCUAAUAGAAUAUCUGACCCAAAUCUUCCCCCAAGAUCAGAAUCAUUUAGUAUCAGUGGGGUGCAGCCAGCACGAACACCGCCAAUGCACAGACAGAUAGACCCACAGCAACUUCCAAUGCUGGUGUCCGUGAAAACCCCAGGACCAUCCCUCUCAGCAUCUCAAUCACUACAUGAACAGUCCGCUAAGGGCAUGUCUGCAUUCCAAGAAGGCAUGGUUUCUCACCGGCCUGAGAUGCCAAGGCAGAAUUCAGACCCGACCUCUGAGAAUCCUCCUCUCCCUCCUCGCAUUGACAACAAGUUUGAUCGUAGUUCUUGGUUACGUCAGGAGGAAGAUCUUCCACCAAAGGUGCCUCAAAGGACUACUUCAAUAUCUCCAGCACUGGCAAGGAGGAACUGCCCUGGGAAUGGCAGUAAUCUAGGAAGUAGACUGAGCACACAGCCUGUGCGAGCAAGUAACCCUGAUCUGAGAAGAACUGAAACGGUCAUAGAAAACCCCAUUCAAAGAACUAGCAGCGGAAGCUCUUCCAGCUCCAGCACGCCAAGCUCCCAACCCAGCUCACAAGGAGGAUCCCAGCCAGGUUCUCAAGCAGGUUCCAGUGAAAGAAACAGAGUUCGAGCGGGUAACAAUAAACCCGAAGGAUCUCCAGUGUUACCAAACGAUGGAUUGAAUGCAAAAACUGAAGACAAUAUGACGCGACCAAGUCGACCAGCUAGCUAUAAGAAAGCAAUAGAUGAGGCUGUUAUCUCACAGGCAAUGCCCGCGGAUGAUGGAAAGAUCAUGCCGCGGAGAGUGAAAACUAAAAACAAAACGGACUUGACUGCCUUAGCAAAAGAGCUGAGAGAACUUCGCAUUGAGGAGACCAAUAGACCAAUGAAGAAGGUGACAGACUAUUCUUCAUCCAGCGAGGAAUCUGAGAGUAGUGAAGAGGAGGAUGGUGAGAGUGAGGCUCAGGAUGGAACUGUGGCAGUAAAUGACAUCCCUCGUCUCAUACCUACUGGAAUGUCUGGAAACAAUGAGCCAUAUAAUACAGGGACACAGAAUGUUGAAAACUCUCAAUCAGACUCCUUCAGAAGUAACUCAAGGGAAGGGACUUUAAUGAUACGAGAGACAUCUGGAGAUAAAAAACGCUCUGGCCAUGCAGAAAGUAAUGGUUUUGCCGGCCACAUAAAUCUCCCUGACUUAGUUCAACAGAGCCACUCCCCGGUGGGUACUCCAACUGAGGCUUUAGGGAGAGGUUCAACGCAUGCACAGGAAAUGGAGACUGGGACUGAAUAUGGCAUGGGAAGCACCACCAAAUCAUCCUUUACUCCAUUUGUUGAUCCAAGAGUUUACCAGACUUCCCCUACUGAUAAUGACGACGAUGACGAUGAUGACGAUGAUGAUGAUGAUGAAGAGUCUUCUGCAACAGCCCUGUUUACUAGCGAACUGCUUAGACAAGAACAAGCCAAGCUGAAUGAGGCCAGAAAAAUAUCAGUGGUAAACGUGAACCCUACCAAUAUUCGUCCUCACAGCGAUACUCCAGAGAUCCGGAAAUACAAGAAACGCUUUAAUUCUGAGAUACUUUGUGCAGCAUUAUGGGGUGUAAACUUGCUAGUGGGCACAGAGAAUGGACUUAUGUUGUUGGAUCGAAGUGGGCAAGGAAAGGUCUACAACCUUAUCAACAGGCGAAGGUUUCAGCAGAUGGAUGUGCUAGAAGGACUUAAUGUCCUUGUAACCAUAUCAGGGAAAAAGAACAAGCUAAGAGUGUACUACCUUUCCUGGUUGAGGAACCGAAUAUUGCACAAUGAUCCAGAGGUGGAGAAAAAACAGGGCUGGAUAACUGUAGGUGACUUAGAAGGCUGUGUGCAUUAUAAAGUUGUGAAAUAUGAAAGAAUCAAGUUCUUAGUUAUUGCAUUAAAGAAUGCUGUAGAGAUUUAUGCCUGGGCUCCAAAGCCAUAUCAUAAGUUUAUGGCUUUUAAGUCCUUUACAGAUCUACAACAUAAGCCAUUGCUUUGUGACCUGACUGUAGAAGAAGGUCAAAGGUUAAAAGUGAUAUUUGGCUCUAGCACUGGAUUCCAUGUCAUUGAUGUUGAUUCUGGAAAUACGUACGACAUCUACAUACCAUCUCAUAUUCAAGGUAACAUCACGCCACAUGCCAUUGUCAUCUUGCCUAAAACAGAUGGAAUGGAAAUGCUUGUGUGCUACGAGGAUGAAGGGGUGUAUGUUAAUACUUAUGGCCGAAUAACUAAAGAUGUAGUGCUUCAGUGGGGUGAAAUGCCCACUUCAGUAGCUUAUAUCCAUUCCAAUCAGAUAAUGGGCUGGGGAGAGAAAGCUAUUGAAAUACGUUCUGUGGAAACCGGGCAUUUAGAUGGGGUAUUCAUGCACAAGAGAGCCCAGAGGUUAAAAUUUCUGUGUGAAAGGAAUGAUAAGGUAUUCUUUGCAUCAGUGCGGUCAGGAGGCAGUAGUCAAGUCUUUUUUAUGACAUUGAACAGAAACUCCAUGAUGAACUGGUAACAGAGCAUUGCAAGGAACUCUACCCAAGACAUUCUUUCUAAACUAGGUUUGGUUUUGUAGAUGUGCAUAGCCUCGUGGAACAGUCUGCUACCAUUUUUACUGGCCAGGCAUUCAUGUUGUGGAUUCUACAGAGUGCACAUGACUUGGUAGCAGGUUGUGCAAAUAUCCAGCAACCUUGCCCUACAGCCAGAACAGAGACUUUGCACUUGAACACUGGGAGAACUGUGGCUCAGAGUUCCACAGAUUAAGCUGUGUUAUAGUGGCUUGUUCAUUUUACCUUUUCAUUGUGUCUUAUUUUGUAAGAAUGGCAAAACAAGAAAAGUAUUGAGAUUUGAGCCAGUUUGUUAAUUUCUGUCUGCCUGCUCUAACGUUAUAUAUAAAUAUACAUAUGUUGUAAAAUUACAAUGAGUACAAUGAGACAGCACAAUAAUGUACCUUUUUCUGUUUUGCUGAAAGCUAAAGCUGUAUAGCUGGGUAAUUAAAAGAAAAAACCUUUUUGCCUUCAUCAGCCUGAAUGUUGCUUUUUGAUAGCAACAGCCUAAAUAAUUUUUAUCGGAAAGCAAAGUUUCCUCCUCUUUUGGGAAACGUAAUUUAUAUGGCUAAACUAGCCGUAGUCUAAAGAAAUCUAAUGCCAUUAUUCAAUCUGUCUGUUCAUAUAGUCUAUCGAUACAUGCAUAUUGGUGUGUGUUGGUAUAGUAAUAGGCAGCAGGGUUAUGUGUGAAAUAGGCACAUAGGGGGUUACCUGUGGUGUUUUUCUUUUUGUAUAUUAUGCAACAGGUCAGGGAAAAUAAUAUGCGAGUGUAGAUGAAGGCACCUUUUAAUUUUUAUUCACACUGAUGCAGCUAUUCAGAUAGAUGGCUAUUAGGCAAUAAUAGGACUUUUGCCAAUAUUGUCACAGCGACACUUUCUAGUAUUAAUAAAUUUUGGUGUCAGGAGAUUCUGGAAGUCUGUGGCCAAUUAAGUCAAAGAUUGGUCAAAAAUACAUCUUUUUAACCAAAGGAUGGCAGGAUUUAGAGAACUGCCCCAAGUCGGUUACAGUCAUCAAACUUUACUGGCCAACUUUGUAAAGACAGACAUAUUUAGUUUCCAAAAAAUUACCCAACCUACAGUAACAGACCACAUCUGUGCAAAAAAUAUAAAAUUUAUAUAAAAAAUAAGUGUGUACGUAGUUCAGGUGAUUCAGUCUUUCAACACAAAAUGCUCUAAUAAUGAAAUGAUUAAAAUACGUGUAACAGAAGAUUAUUUUUAUUAGCUACAAGCAUGGCUGGCUGUGGUAAUAGGGUGUUACAUCCAGAAAACUGUGUUGCGCUUCUUUUUUUUAAUUUUUAUUAUAUUUUUGUUUAGGAUUUUUUUUUCUCCAUUUCUUUGUUUUCUUACCUACCUCGUUAUGUCUUUCUUUGGAUGUCUUUUCUUUAUCUGUUUAUUGCAGCAUUCUUACUCCUUUGAGUACCUGCAGAGAUGUGUUGGUAACUGGCAGUUAAAUCCUGUUAGUCCCUUUCCUUUAAAUACACUGAAUUUUAGACCAUAAGACUGCAGAAUAUUCAUAAAAUUGUUUGCACUCUGUUUGGACACUGAUUUACUGGAUAAUGCUUAUGUAGCGGUUACAGGUCAGAAGGAAGAAGAGUGUGGCACCCUGUGUCAUUUACAAUUUGGUUGCAAUUGUUUUUAUUUGGUGGCUGUGAUUGUACUUUCGCCGGGUGCUUUUAACAUUCUGUUGCUAACUGACAACCUUUUACCAGUAAAAUAAUAAAAAAAUACACUGUUUAAAUUUA